GAGCGCGUCGCGUGCGUGUGUGCGUGAGUGAACAUGUGCAGCAACGAGACGACGUCGCCCAGCGGCGUGGGCCCCACGGCCAUGCUGCCCUACCCGCUGUCCGCCCUCAAGAGCCUCCAGGACGCGGCCGGCAACGGGCCCCUGCCGCCGCCCGGCAUCCUGCCCAUCGAGCAGUACCGCCUGCAGCUCUACAACUACGCCAUGGCCGAGCGCCUGCAGCGCUUCUCGGGCCCCUUCAGCGGCGUGGCCUCGCCCGUGGCGUCCGUGCCCGGGCUGUGCCCCGGCCUGGGCCCCGGCUACGCCUACGGGCCGCGCCUCGCGCUCAGCAUGUCGCUGUUCCACCAGCGCAUGAUGCAGGCCGAGGAGCCCAAGCCGCAGCACUCGUACAUCGGCCUCAUCGCCAUGGCCAUCCUCAGCUCGCCCGACACCAAGCUCGUGCUGUCCGACAUCUACCAGUACAUCCUGGACAACUACCCCUACUUCCGCACGCGCGGCCCGGGCUGGAGGAACUCCAUCCGCCACAACCUGUCCCUCAACGACUGCUUCAUCAAGGCGGGGCGCAGCGCCAACGGCAAGGGCCACUACUGGGCCAUCCACCCCGCCAACGUGGACGACUUCAAGAAGGGCGACUUCCGGCGCAGGAAGGCGCAGAGAAAGGAUAGGGGGAGGGGACACUUUGAAGGCAGCGGAUCGGCGCUCAAAUCAGACGUGCGCAAGCACAUGGGGCUGGCCGUGGACGAGGAGGGCAACGAGUCGCCCAGCCCGCCGCCCACGCCCGCGUCGCCGCCGCUGCCGUGCGCCACCAUGUGGACGCAGCACCCCCGCCUGCUGGCGCCGACGCCGCUGCCCGGCCUCACGCCCCUCACGCGCAAGCGCCAGUUCGACGUGGCCUCGCUGCUCGCGCCCGACGACGCCGACGCGCACCGCGUCGUGCUGGCCGCCAAGACGCCGCGCUACGCUAGCAGCGAGGAGGACGUCCACGAGGAGGACAUCGACGUGGUGUCCAGCGACGCGGCGGACGCGCAGCAGGCCACCACGCCGCCCAUGACGCCCGCGCCGCCGACGCCCUGGCCGCCGCAGUCCCCCACGGCGGCGCCGCUCUUCAUGUCCUCCGUGGAGCACCACCUGGUGUCGCGGUACUACGAGCAGCUGCAGCACAGCGCCGUGCGCAGGCUGGCCAUGCAGCAGCAGCAGCAGCAGCAACAACAACAACACCGCCAGACCACGGAGAUCCGGGAGCUGACGCCGAGUCCGCCCGUCCGGGAACCGACGCCGCAGUGAGGAGGCGGAGGAGGCCGCCAUGGAGGCGUUUCUAACUGUGAUCGGACGGCUGGGCCCUCUGGCCUGCCCUGGCCAAGGCCCUGGCCCGGGCCAAGGCCCGCGGCGCGCCAACCCCACUGGAGCCCCAAGGCGUCGAGGACCGCCAGGACGGUGCUGCGCGGAAAACAAAAUACGUUUGUUGUUGUAAUCGACUUUGUUCUCUUACAAAUACUUGAUCGUGCCUACCAGCUUGUCGGUUGCUGGUACCGCAUUGAUUGCAGCCAAUCGACUUUAGCCUAAAGAACAAAGUCGAUUAACAAAGUAGUAUUUUUUCUGUGCGGCGUCGGAGUGGCGUCGGGUCGGCGUCGAAGACUGUCCUCGACUUCGCUCCGGCGGCACUCCGACACGUCGCUCGCGUCGCGGUGCAGUGCGAGGGAUCCUGCGUGCUUGUUAUUUCGUUGUAAGCAAUGGUCAACAUGCGUCCCGAACCCCGAGGGCGCUAGACAGUGAACAUUAUUGUAUUAUGUGUAUAGUUUAAUGAUCGAUAUUAACCCUGUUUAUGUACCUGAACCCUUAUUAUCGUGGAAUAUAAUUUGUCUUAUUUAUUGUUUGUAAAUUUGUACAAAAUAGUCAAAUUCGUUGAUGGAUAAACGUGUUCAAAAGAGGAGGAAGCACGUAUUUGCAGAAGCAGCGGAAUUUUGCACAGUCAAACAUCAAGUUCCUUAAAAUUUCAAAUGAUUUUAUUACGUUUUUUGUAACCUCUGAGAAAAUGGCAUAUGGAACCACUUAAAUUUAUUCUGGCUUUUUGGAAAGCGCAGUUCUAGAAAUAAUGCCACGGGCCAUAGCUUUUGUAAGACAAGAACGCUGAAAACCGCAUACCAAAACAAAACGUAGUAGUGAUAGCUAGCAAUUUAUCGUUCCAAUAAAGCUGGAACAAUGUUGUA